GCAAGCACGUACGUCCCCCGGCGCAGGCACGUCCUCCAGCUCCUCGAUAGCGCCAUGCACGUGUCAAACGCUACUCCAACUCUUCGUUAGCCGCACGCACACCCCCAGAACAGGCACCUCCUCCAGGGCAGGCACUUCCGCUCCGACAUCACUUGUACACGGCACGCAUGGCCAGUGUUGUGCGUACUGCGGUCCUCAUUGCAGUUAUGUCUCUUGUGCUGCUAGUGAUCGUUCUGCUCCGUUUCUUACAGUUCCUGGGCAGGGUGUGGAGGCGUGGGGUGAAGGAAGGAGCUCUAAGGAGCGCAUCGAAGAGGAAGGCAGUAAAGGUCAGGGGUAAGAAAGGCAGCAUGGUGAGGCUGACCCCGUGUGGUUCAGAUGCCAACCGCGGGUGGAACAUGCCAAUGGGCCAGCAACGACUGACCCCGGUUGCAUACGUGCAUCUCCCAUCGUAUCUUCAACCACUUCCAGAUGACGACAUGGUGGAUCUGUCCACGACCGGCUCCUUUUCAUCGCAAUUGGAGUCGGACACUGGCGUCCGCCUCUCAACGUCUGCAACAGAGCCGACGGAGUGCUUCACCUCCCUAUCACUUGUUACACCAAGGGCUACGCGUGCGAACGUCAACACUCCGGCGCGUUCCACAGAGUCUACCGCAGGAGGGGAUGGCUUGCAUGGAGGAGGGGUGCGCAUCUGUGUCGGGAGUUCAGCUUUCCGGUCUCUUGGGAGCGGGUCAGCAUCAGUGUUCAACAACGAUGUGCCACGACAGCCCAGCACAACUCCUAUAGAGUCUGGCCGUGGAUCGGAGGGGCCUGCAAUGGGAAGGGGCAAUUAUGUUAUCCCAGACGAUAUGGAAGGGGAUGGCGAACCACCUGCAAGCCCCGCGGCACCGGCGCAGUCCGCCACUGGGCGUCCUGACGAUGUUGGGCAGGAGAGCACGGGGGUUGCAAGAGAGAAAGGUGAUGCAGACGCUGCGAAGGCGGACAGCGGACGGCGUGUAUGGGACAACCGUCAAUCUCUCAUUUUGAUCCACUGCAAGCGGGAUCAGGAGCAAUAUUUUGCAGGUCUCCCAUCGAACUUCGGGAGGAUGAAAUCAAAGGAUUGGAAGUGGCUGGACAUUGAAAAGCGUAUGGAGGCGCAAGGGGUGAUACGGGCAGCGUUAAAAUCUAAGGAAAGGAGAGACAACUUGAAGGGUUUCAAGUUCUUCCUAGAUCGUGAGUUAUGGGAUGCCAUUCGCGCUGGGCAGGACGACAACCAGACGAUCAACCCCACCAACCGUUUCACUGACACUGGCAAACGACCUGCUGACAAUGCGGACAGCGAAGGAGAGGAGGGAGAAGACAUGAGCACAGAUUGUGCUUCAGCAUCACAGGGGUCACGCCAUGGCAAGAAAAAAACGGCGCGGGAACAAACGUUUGCGGUGGUGGGGGAGGUGAUGAAGGAAUAUUCUACCGUUGUGGCAGAGUCCGUGGAUCGGGCAAGCAAGCGGCAAUGCGAAUUCAUGGACAGGCAGUGCACCGUGCUGGAACGUGAGCUUUACAUUCAUGAGUGGCAACUGCAACUGGCGGAUGUAGGACAGAAGCUCCUAUGCGACGCACUCAUGAAGAUCGCGGAAACUCUGUCGAAGCCGUGAUAAGCGCCCCUUCUGACGUGACUGCAGCAUCGGCCCUACCAUGCAAACUCCUCCUCUUGGUUCUUUUGCGUUUUUUUUUUUUUUUUUAACGUAGCAAUAAAAAUGCGUCCCACGA